CGAAGCGACCAUGGGACAAUAAUUGUUACGGAUAAUUGCUGCACGACAGCUUCCUACGGACUUUUCGAUCCAUCAUUCCUCCAGAGCUGUUCAGCGCAUCAUCAGUCAUCAUGGCAGCUGCCACUUCCACCUCGGCGAAGCCGUUCGACAUCGUCGCGACGUACAAUGAGCUGCUCCGCUCCGAUCCAGAUCUGACCAUGCCAAUCGCCGCUAUCGAGGCCUUGGUGCUACUCCUCACACACUCCCCCUCCUCGACGAUAUCAGAGACGCUCGAUCUUCUGGAGAAAUCCACCGCACACUUAAAACAGUCGAUCCCGAACCCCAUAGGCCUCUCCGCUGGAACCGAUCUUUUCCAGCGAUACCUGAUCACUACGCUACAGAGACCGGGCCAGCUCGGACCCGCCGGAGACUUCAAUGCCAUCAGGGCGCACCUGCUGUCCAACGGCCGGCUGUUCAUCAGACGUGCGAAGGAAAGCCGAGACAAGAUUGCGGCGUUCGGAAGAGGCUUUGUGCGGGACGGAAGCACGGUCCUGACGAACGGUGGCUCCAGAGUCGUGGCCUCGCUGCUACAGCAGGCUGCUGGUGAGAAGGGCGGCCCGUCCGCCGUUCGAUUCCGGGUGAUCUACGUGCUGUCCCCGGCCAAGGGCGAUGUCGAGGGCUCGUCGGCGGAGCCCGAGGGUAUGGAGACAGUCCGCGCGCUGCGUGAGAAGGGUGUCCCCGUGGCCACGAUCCCGGAGUCCGCCGUCGCGUACUCGCUUGGCAAGGCCGACGUGGUCAUUGUCGGUGCGGAGGGUGUCGUGGAGAACGGCGGAAUCGUGUCGAGAAUGGGCACCUACCAGAUCGGUCUGCUGGCCAAGGCCAUGGGCAAGCCUUUCUACGUCGUGGCGGAGAGCCACAAGUUCGUCCGUCUCUACCCGCUUGGACAGUACGACCUGCCCAUUGAGCAGCGCGUGAUCGACUUCAAGACCGAAGAAGAUGUCGCCGACGAAGCCACGCAGCAGCAGCAACAAGCACAGCCCACACCCAACGUUAAGUCGCCGGACAGCUCGGACGUGGUUGAUUACACGCCUCCCCAUCUGAUAUCCGCACUGAUCACAGACAGCGGCGUCUUGACGCCAAGUGCGGUGAGUGAGGAGUUGAUUAAGAUCUGGUUCUAGUUUAUGCUUCCCGUGCCCGAUCAAGAGAGUUGCGGCUUGUGGUAUCAGUUGAAUGAAGCGGAUUUUGGCGUUCUUAAGGUCAUGAUAUAUCCCAACGCUCAAGGCGUUUGUCGGCUUGGAAAGAUGGUGUGUCUCGUUGUUUCUAAUCAGACAAAAAGUACAAUAGAUUUGUG